CCUAAAUACAAUCGUAUGUGACACAAGGCAAAGUAGAACGACAGUAUGGCAGCAGCAUUCAACAUCGUGCGCCAGAGCUUAUUCGCCGGCAGCCCAAAAUAUACAGAAAAUGACUUACCCGACCUCAAAGGCAAAGUAAUUGCCAUCACAGGCUCAAACACCGGCGUCGGCAAAGAAAUCGCCAAGAUGGUCUACAGCAAAAACGCGAAAGUCUACAUGUUCGCACGAACGACUACAAAAAACGAAAAGGCUCGCGACGAGAUCAAAGCUGCCUUUCCGGAAUCACACGGUGAAUUGAUCUGCGUCCAACUUGACCUCGCCGACCUUGAUAGUGUUCAAGCAGCGGCUGCAGAGUUCUUGAGUAGGGAAGACAAACUUCAUGUUCUUUUUAAUAAUGCAGGCGUUGGAUUCCCCGAGUAUGGAUCCAAGACAAAGCAGGGCUACGAACUACAGCUGGGAGUCAAUUGUCUUGGUAGUUUUGCCCUUACACAGAGAUUAACACCUGUGUUGGUUGAGACGGCGAAGACGUCUCCACCAGGAAGUGUUCGUGUGGUUUGGGCGUCGUCUACAGCCGCGUUUUGGACGUCCACCAAAAAGUACAUCGACCGAGUCAAAGGUAUCGAAAAGCAGAGCCUAUUCCAACAAUAUGCGAUUAGCAAGCUGGGCAAUUACUACCACGCCACGGAAUAUGCUGCACGCCAUAAAAGCGACGGUAUCAUCUCUGUGCCGCUCAACCCUGGCAAUCUCGACUCAGAGCUUUGGCGCACGCAGGGGAAGUUUCUGACUUGGAUUCUUCGGAAGACUGUUUUUUAUCCAUCGCACUAUGGUGGGUAUGUUAAUAUCUUUGCUGGGUUCUCUCCUGACGUGACGCUUGAGAGUUCGGGCAGAUUCAUUUCGCCGUGGGGAAGAUUGUGGCAUGCGCUCCCGGCUAUGGUGAAAGGAUCGAAGACUGAGGCUGAGGGGGGGACUGGCCACGCGAAACGGUUCUGGGAGUGGACGGAGGAACAGGUCUCACAACAUGGGUCUGCUCCUAGUGUCAAGGAGCCUCUUGAAUAGUGGUUAAUAAAGAGGGAGAACGUGGUGCAGUUUCGUCUUCAAUCGCUUCGUUUUUAGUUAGUAGGACUUAGAGAUACCUCAACCUAUGGGCAAAGUUUAAUUGCAUUAUUCAGUGGCUUUCUAAAUGAUUUGUCUGC